AUGAGGCCCCCUCCUCCCAAAAAACGAUCCAGUGCAAUCGGAUUACCCACUCCAGCGACCCAUUCCAGCCCCGGUGGAUUCAUCAGGAGUCUCAAGAAAUGUGGUCUCUCCUUCCGUAGACUCUGGACAGCCCUUGGAAUAACCGUGCUGCUGAUUUAUUUUAUUUAUCAUUUACAGCCUGCAAAGCCUUCAAAGCGCAUCAUCCAAGAUGCUCAGAAUGCCGUUGACAGCAUCAAAGUCGUCCCGGAUCUAGUUGCCGAGGAAGCAGACAGACAACCUGCGAAAGCACAACCUCACAAGAAUCUAGAUACUAAUGGUUGGGUAAUACCUGAUCCAUCAACCGUGAAGACAGACGACACACUCCCAAUGCUAGAAACACUCGCAACCACAUUCCCAUACAAACACCCUCUAGUAAACCCACAAACCGCAAUAGAAGCUGCACUAUCAGCAGCAUACAUUUACUCUAAAAUAGGCACGGCUGGUGUCAUUCCACACACAAACAUUCCACGCAUCAUACAUCAGACAUGGAAGACUACCAGUGUAAAGGACGCCCCUGCUCAUGUGUCCGAAAGUGUGGCGAGCUGGAGGCAGAAGAAUGUUGAAGUCACUUCCGGGCUGGGUUUUGCUCAUAUAUUGUGGGACGACACUGGGCUAGAAGAGAUGGUUAAAGUGAUGCACCCUACGAUAUAUGCCACAUUCAAGGAUUUGCCAAAGAAGGUGCACAAGGCUGAUAUUUUUAGGUACCUUGUGCUGAAUACUUUUGGUGGUGUGUACGCUGAUGUAGACACCUUAACACUGCGGCCAGUCGAAAAAUGGCUAGACGCAAACGAUUUGGCAUCAUGGAAGUAUAAGGACCAAACGAUGCCGGUUUUAAAAGAAGUCAAUUUCAUCGUCGGGCUGGAAACCGAUGUAGAACGAAACAAUUCAGUAGACUAUAAAGGAAUCUAUGAAACCCCCAUGCAAAUGUGUCAAUGGGCCAUGGCAGCAAAAGCAGGACAUCCUAUCCUCUCACGAGUCAUACAUUCUAUAUUCUCCAAACUGUCAACCAUGACACCUAAUGAAAUCAAGAAUGCCGAUGUACCUCGUUUGACGGGUCCAGCGCCAUGGACGGCUGCUAUAUACGGACAUAUGGCUGAAAAUGGAGUUGACUGGAAUGAUUUGAGGGAAUGGGGUGAUCAUGCUAGAGGCAUUGGAGAUGUUGUUAUUCUGCCUAUUACGGCGUUUGCACCUGGAUAUGGACAGGUACUGAUUACCGUGUUUGGUAACAUGGGAUCGAAAACGAUUGAAGAUCUUGAUGCUCGUGUUCGGCAUUUAUGGCGUGGGGUCUGGCGCAGUGAUACUUCUUGA